AUGGAUGAGGAACCCGAACGGACCAAGCGCUGGGAAGGAGGCUACGAAAGAACAUGGGAAAUCCUUAAAGAAGACGAAUCCGGAUCGCUGAAAGCCACCAUCGAGGACAUUCUUUUCAAGGCAAAGAGGAAAAGACUCUAUGAACACCAUGGACAAGUUCGACUGGGAAUGAUGCGUCACCUUUACGUGGUUGUUGAUGGAUCAAGAACUAUGGAGGACCAAGAUUUAAAACCAAACAGACUUACUUGCACUUUGAAGUUACUGGAAUAUUUUGUUGAAGAGUACUUUGACCAAAAUCCUAUUAGUCAGAUUGGCUUAAUUGUAACCAAGAGUAAAAGAGCUGAAAAAAUGACAGAACUUUCAGGUAACUCAAAAAAGCACGUAACUGCUCUGAAGAAAGCAGUGGAUAUGAACUGUAGUGGAGAGCCAUCUCUAUAUAAUUCCCUAAAUUUGGCCAUGCAAACUUUAAAGCACAUGCCAGGACAUACAAGCAGAGAGGUUUUGGUAGUCUUCAGCAGUCUGACGACAUGUGAUCCAGCCAACAUCUAUGAUCUAAUUAAGUGUUUAAAAGCAGUUAAGAUCAGAGUGUCUGUCAUCGGCCUCAGUGCUGAAGUUCGAGUCUGUACAGUGCUUGCCCGAGAAACUGGUGGAACAUACCACGUUAUUUUAGAUGAAAGUCAUUAUAAGGAGCUGCUGAUGCAUCAUGUUAGUCCUCCACCUGCCAGUUCAAGUUCUGAGUGCUCCCUUAUUCGAAUGGGUUUUCCUCAGCAUACCAUUGCUUCUCUAUCUGAUCAAGAUGCAAAGCCAUCCUUUAGCAUGGCGCAAUUGGAAAACAGCAGUGAGCCGGGUCUUACACUGGGUGGCUAUUUCUGUCCCCAGUGCAGAGCCAAAUACUGUGAACUUCCUGUGGAAUGCAAAAUCUGCGGUCUUACAUUAGUGUCUGCACCUCACCUGGCUCGGUCUUACCAUCACUUGUUUCCUUUGGAUGCCUUUCAGGAAGUUCCCUUGGAAGAAUACCAGGGGGAACGGUAUUGUCAAGGCUGCCAGGGAGAAAUGAAAGAUCAAAAUGUUUACAUAUGUAAAGUGUGUCAGAAUGCAUUUUGCGUGGAAUGCGAUUUGUUUGUUCAUGAUUCACUGCACUGCUGUCCUGGCUGUAUUCAUGAGCACCCUGCUCCCAUAUCUGCAUGA